CAGCAGUUUUCAGUAAACUUUUUGUGGGGGCGGUUCCAAGAAAGCCAAGAAGCGUAUAAAAAAAAGAAAAACAUUUUUAAAUAUAAAUUUAAAAUAAACUUUUAAAAGAAAGCUAAAGAAAUAGUGUUAUUUAUCAAUAGAAAGACUGUUUUAAAAACGAAAUUAAUAAAAUAAACUGAAAAACGCAUGCUAUUUAAAUCGAAUAAAAGUGUGUGAAAAAAGGAUUUUUUCUUCAUUUCAGUCUCUAUCAAUUUCUAUAGAGUUUGUGUAUGUGUUUAUUUCGGUAGUAGCAAAGUAGAAAAAAUUAAAGAAGAGAGUCAUAAAAAAGAUGUAUUAACAAAAAAUUUGUGAAUUUUGUGAAAAAAAAAUACCCUAAAAACGAAAUUGUCUUGUUUAUUUGUGCCAUCAGUCAGUCUGCCCAUUGUUGUUUGUGUGUUCUAUAUGAUUUUUAAAACCAGACGUUUAAAACCAAAUGUAAUAUGGAUUGCAGUCUUGCAGAUCGACGACAACCAAAUUCUUCUUCGUCAACUACAGCAACAACGACAGAUUAUACAGCUACUCCAGCAACAGCCGCAAUAAAUCGUCCUCAGCAUCAAUAUUCAAUAAAUCAAACGCCUUCUAUAUUAAAAUAUCAACAUCAAACGGCGGUACAAUCUUUAGACGAAACGAUUAAAAAUCUUACAAAUUUAGCCGAUACUUGUCCUAGUAUUGGCAAAAUUGCCUCCAACGUUAAUAGUGCAACAGCAGCAGCAUCAGCCAUCAACAACAGUGGCGGUAUUUAUACAAGUCCCUCCAAAUUGAGUGGCUCUAGCUUAGUUAGUGAUCAACAACAGCAGCAGCCAUCACCUUCUUCUUCUUUAAUUUCUUCACCCGCUUAUGCUGGUGUAAAACUGCGUAAAUUUUCCGAACGUUCUUUAAACUCAACGUCGGCUAACGAAGGCGGCGGAGCACGUUCUCAUUCCUAUCGUAUCUCAAUGGCAAAUUUGGAAGAGACACAAGAGUCCGAACUAGAUGUUAUAUUGGGUGAAUUAAGCCUAUUGGAGGCCCAGAUCUCAACCGGAGAUGCAAACUUUUUGCCAGCUGCCGGAGCACCCGGAGGUAUGUGUACCCCUUCUUCAACACGCACACAUUCACGCACAAAUUCCACUAUAUCGGGUGCCACCUCAAUAUCGGGUUCGUCGGAUGCGGGCAGCAGUAGUACCACACAUUCGUUAUGUUCCUCUUCAGGUAUCUCGGAAAAUGGCAGUCAUAGUGCUCACACCCACAGUCUAAAUGCCUCUCUGCAAGCACACAAUGGUUUGCUACAAGGAGGAGGAGGUGGAGGUGGUGGUAUUGGUGGCGGUUCCACUAGCUUGCGUGAACCUCGUACUGAAUCUCCCGAUAAUGAUUCAGCUUUUAGUGAUACCGUCUCACUCUUAUCCUCUGAAUCAUCCGCCUCCUCCGGCAUGAGUUCAGCUUUACACCACAAACGUUUGAUGGCUCAACAGCCUUGUCUGCCUUUGACGGGCCAGACAAAAGCCGCCAAAAUACAAUUGGCUUUACAUAAAUUGGAAACGGCUCCCAUAAGACGUUUAUUUGUUAAGGCCUUUACGGCAGAUGGUGCCUCCAAGUCUUUGCUAGUAGAUGAACGUAUGACAUGCGGGCAUGUAACACGCCUACUGGCCGAUAAGAAUCAUGUACAAAUGCAACCUAAUUGGGCUUUGGUAGAGAAUUUGGGAGAUCUACAAAUGGAACGUCUCUUUGAGGAUCAUGAGCUAUUGGUGGAUAAUCUAAUGACUUGGAAUUCAGAUGCUGGCAAUCGUGUGCUCUUCCAACAAAGAUCCGAUAAAAUUUCUUUAUUCAUACGUCCUGAACUAUAUCUACCGGGUCCACAAAUGGCUCCCGGCUCACAACAUGAUGAACAUACAAGAUCUAUGUUGUUGGAGGAAUUCUUUGAGACUAAUGCCGAAAUAGCGGUAGAUGGUCCUUUGUACAUGAAGGCUGAUUCGAAAAAAGGCUGGAAACGUUAUCAUUUCGUUUUACGCUCUUCGGGCUUGUAUUAUUUCCCCAAAGAGAAAACUAAGAAUGCACGGGAUUUGGCUUGUUUGACUUUGUUUAAUGGUUAUAAUGUUUAUCGGGGUUUGGGCUGGCGCAAGAAGUGGAAAGCUCCUUCUGACUAUACUUUUGGUUUUAAAUCGGCUGUAGACUCGAGUUUGGGUAAGACUUGCCGCUCUUUGAAGAUGUUGUGUGCGGAGGAUUUGGAAACCAUGGAGAAAUGGUUGACGGCUAUAAGAGUAGCCAAGUAUGGCAAACAAUUGUGGGAUAAUCACAAAGCCUUAAUGGAUGAAUUGACCGGAGAUGGUUUGUCUCAGUCAAGCUUUGCUGUUAGCAUGAGAAGUGAAUCGAUAAGCAGUAUUAGCUCGGCGGUGCCUUCCCAGUGUGGCAGUGUUUCGUCGGCUAUUAGCUCUAUGUCUACUUCCUCUAGUGGAGGUAGAAUAUCGAGGGCUUCCUCCUCUUCCUCUAGUGGUUGUUUGUCGGAUGAUAAUAAUGGUUUCGAUUCUGAAUUUACCACGGGCACUAUUAAGAGAAAACCUUCCAUGAAACCUAAUUUGCCCUUGACCACUAUGACCAGACAGUUAAAGGAGGUGGGAGAAAUAACCCAGGCAGAUCAAGAGGAUUUAAAUAAUUCUCCCGAACACAGUGGCACUUUGACCAGAAGGCACAGUAGGCGCAAGUCCCAAGAGUCCAAUGGUAGCGGCACUUUAAAGAGAAGACCUCCAACAGCGGGCGCUAUGAUUAUGACGGGUUUGGUUAAGAGAGGUUCGGCGGAAAGCAUGAAUGCUAAUAAUUCGUCAGGAUCUUCGAAUUCAACACCUACACCCACACCCAGUAUAUGUGCUAAACCUUUGGUGGGAGCUGGAGUGGCAUAUGACAACCAAUUACCGCCUCCGCCGCCUCAGGUAAUCAAUGCCCAAGAGGUUAUGUGUUCUUCUACCUUAUCUUUGGACUCUCUGCCACCGCCACCUCCUCCAGCGGCCUUAAAUGAGCAGGAACAUGAUGUUUAUGGUUCUCAAUUGUCAUUGGCCUCUUUGCCACCACCACCACCGCCCGAAGAGCAAAACAUAAACCCCACAGUCGCUAAUAACCAACAGCAAAUCUAUGCCUCAGUACAUAAGGCACCACCGCCCGCAGUACCCGCUAAACCCAUUAAGCCAGCGGUGAAAUCUGCUCCUCCUUACAAAAAUCCUCCCGAUUAUAAAGGAUCCAACGCACACUCUUCACCGGCACCUCCACCCGUACAGAAAAAAGUAUCUUUUGCCGAUUCCCCCGUAUUGCUAAGAAGAAAAAUGCAUUCACCCGAACCGGCGCAGCAUCAGGAACCCUUUUAUGCGCCAGGACCUUUACCACCACCCCGUAAUGAUCUCACACGGCUAUCCAAUUGCUCCUCAAACAUAUCUUCAGUAUCACAGCAACUAGAUUUUGGUUCCCCCAAAAGGCUGCAAGAAUCCAGCUCAAAUCCUCCUCGAGAUUUCCUCAAGGAUCUGCAACGUGUCAUGCGCAAGAAGUGGCAAGUGGCCCAAAAAUGUAAACUAGAACCGGCCACCACUCCACAUGAAGUUUUGGGUUUCCGAGACUUUUCCUCCGAGGAGCUAUUGGCACACAAUCUCAACUCGAAUUCCCAUUAUUAUCGAGACACCGGCAAUGUUAGCAAUUGGGUGCAGGAGCACUAUGGUGCCGGAGCUCCUCCACCACCCAUGAAUGAAUAUGCUUUAUAUGAAAAUGUCCAUAAUACAAAUGCCAGCAGUAACAGCAGUCCCAGUAAUGUAAACCUGGAGCCACAAUUUCCCAACUCUACAAAUGCAGCCGCAGCAGCGGCAGCUGCUCUGGCGGCCGCUCAACAGCGCAAGAAACGUCCUCCACCACCGCCUCCUAAACGCAGUGAUUCUACACAUCUAACACAUCGUGUUUAGUGUUUUCUGGCCACGUGUUUUCGGGCACGCAACAGAACACUGUUUAAGGAUUACUUUGGCCAUCAAUAAAAUAAUUAUUAAUAUUUAAAAAAAAUAUUGAAAAAAUCGAAAAUUGUAAAACUACUAGUAAUUUAAGUAUUUGAAAAGUGAAAUUUUUAUAAGAAAAUUUAAAAAAUAAACUAAAUUUUAAGUAAAAAUGUAAAAAAUUAAAAAAACUCGAAAAUUUUUAUCUUAAAACUCGAAAAAUAAUAAAAAUUCUUUAAGAAAAAAGCAAGAAAUUUAAAAAAAAUUAAUAUCAAUUGAAAUUGAAACGUUUUAUUGGAAAUCUUAUUGAAUUUUAAACGAAUAUUCGUAAAACCGAAUAAAAAAUUAUUCGAAUAAUCGUUAAUUUUUAUGAAAAUUUAUAGCAUUUGAAGUUAAUAAACAAUAUUAAAGUUUCUAAAUGAAAUUUUAACGAAUAAUCGUUGAAACGAAUAAUCGAGUAAUCGUUAAAAAAUUUAAGAAAAAGUGCAACAAUUUAACAAAAUAUUAUAUAAUUACUUGUUUAAAGUAAUUUCCAAAUAAAAUUUUGAAAAUGUUCGAAAUUUUGAACGAUUAUUCGUUAAACCGAUUAAUCGAUUAAACGAAUAAUUGUCGAGAACUCAAGAAAAUAUACAAAAUUUUAAGGGAAUUUGAACUAAUUACUUCUUUUAAGUAAUUUUCAAACAUAAUCUGAAAAAUUGUCAGAAUUUUUAACGAUUAUUCGUAAAACCUUUAAAUCGAUUAAACGAAUAAAUUCCCUAAAGCCAAGAAAAUUUGAGAAAAUUUAACUGUAUAUGAUAGAAUGUUAUGUUUUCAUUAAAAUCCUGAAGAAGUGUUACUAUUUUUUGGAAUUUUUAAAGAUUAUUCGUAAAACCGAUUAAUCGGAUAUACGGUUAUUCGUUUAAAAAUUUUGCGAUUUAGAAAAUUUAAGAUAAAAUUUCUUAUUUUAAUUGAAAUUCUGAAAAAAUUUUACUAAUUUUUGGUAUUUUUAACGAUUAUUCGUAAAACCGAUUAAUCGAAUAAACGAUUAUUCGCAUACAAAUUUUGUCAAUUUAAAGAAUCUAUGUUACUAAUAACAAAAAUAUAAAUAUCAAGUAAAUUUGAAACGAAUAAUCGUUCAAACGAAUAAUCGAUUAACCGAAUAAUUUUCUUAAAAUCAAGAAAAUGUAGCAAAAUUUAAAGGAAUUUCAAAUAAUUUUUUGUUUUAAGCUAAUUUUAUAAGA